GAGUGUUUUGAAGCGCAGCCGCCAGCUCACGACACUUGAGGUUCACUCGAGACGGACGUCUAUCAUCUUUGACGGCAAAGGCUUGGCCGGAAAACUUGUAAUUCGAAACCUACCCACCCCAUCAUGUCUGUUCCAUUGAGCAACGAUUCAGCCUCAGAAGGCAACAUGGAAGCUCUCUUGCAAUCGUUUGCUAUGAUAAUCUUCUCUGAAAUAGGCGACAAAACUUUCCUCAUCGCUGCUAUCCUUGCCAUGCGCCAUCCUCGCCUCCUUGUAUUUGCUGGUGCAUUUGGUUCUCUUCUCCUAAUGUCCAUGUUGUCCGCCGCUAUGGGUCAUCUCCUUCCAACUCUUAUUCCAAAACGGUGGACGCAAGUUGCAGCUGGAAUAUUGUUCUUAGUCUUUGGUUCAAAAAUGAUGAUGGAGGGUAGGUAUAUGAAAGGUGGAAAUGGGAAAAUACAAGAGGAGAUGAGAGAGGCACAGGAGGAGAUAGAAGGUGACGACGCAGGAAAUGAUAGAACAGGCUUCGUCAAUCAAGACGGGGAUGUGAUUCCCUUGGAGAGGGUGGAGGAAGGUAUACGUUCACCCAGUGCUACUCGUCAUUCCAGAAACAAAGGGGGGGCCGUUGGUAUAGCCGAAGGGGCACGAAAUUUUUGCAGCCUGUUUCUGGGUCCAGUUUUUGUUCAAGCCUUCAUUCUUACGUUUCUCGGCGAAUGGGGUGAUCGCAGUCAAAUUGCCACGAUUGCUCUCGGUGCCGCUCAUAAUGUGUAUCUAGUGACGUUAGGAACAGUUUUGGGACAUACAUGCUGUACUGCCCUUGCAGUGAUAGGAGGCCGUUAUGUAUCCACGAAGAUAUCUGUUAAGCAUGUCACACUCGGAGGAGCUAGUCUUUUCUUACUUUUUGGUAUUGUUUACCUGUAUGAAUCUUUGGCAAUGUCAGCAGAAGAACUCCCGAUAUCUAUCAGCCCGGAAGAUGCCGAGUUGAUUACUUUAUAGAGCGGACAAGUAGACGG